AUGCCACCUACCUCCUAACAGGUCAGAGUCAGUCCCAUUUCUCCAAUAAAAACUACCAGUUCACUCUUAAAUUUGCUAUUCCCAUUAUUAUUAUUAUUAUUAUUAUCAGCACACAUAUUGGAGUUCACUCUCUCUCUCUCUCUAGCCAUUCAAGGGGUGCCCUGAGAUCACAUACAAAAAUGGUGAAGGCCGUUGCCGUCCUUAGCAGCAGUGAAGGUGUUAAAGGCACCAUCUUCUUCAAUCAAGAUGGAGAUGCCCCAACCACAGUUACUGGAGAUGUCUCUGGCCUAAAACCUGGACCACAUGGCUUCCAUGUCCAUGCCCUUGGUGAUACCACAAAUGGCUGCAUGUCAACAGGACCACAUUUCAAUCCUGCUGGUAAGGAGCAUGGUGCUCCUGAAGAUGAGAUGCGUCAUGCAGGUGAUCUUGGUAACAUCACAGUUGGAGAAGAUGGUACUGCUUCUUUUACUAUUACUGACAAGCAGAUUCCUCUCACUGGUCCACAAUCCAUCAUUGGAAGAGCUGUAGUUGUUCAUGCUGAUCCUGAUGAUCUUGGAAAGGGAGGACAUGAGCUCAGUAAAACCACUGGAAAUGCUGGCGGAAGGGUUGCUUGUGGUAUUAUCGGCCUCCAGGGUGGGCUGUGAAAGAUUUAGCAACUAACGGAGGGUGUAUUGGAAUAAGCUUUGUUUUCUAUGUUUUAUCAUGUGAUGCCUUUUGUAUUUUGGGGUUGAACCAACCAUACAUGAUAAUGGCGCUGCUUUUUAGUGUGUUGUACUAGUUUUUGCCGACAAUCAUUAACCGUAAUAAAACGUAGUCCGUUAGUAUU